AUGGGAACCAAUGUCAAAACCUUAACCAACAAAAUCUCCACCUAUCUAAAACUCAACAACCUCUCCAAAGCAGUUUUCACCUUGUAUGAAUCUACGGUCCCCUUCGACUUCUCUCUAUACGCAUCCCUCUUCAGUCUAUGUGGUUCGAGACGUGCCAUCGUCGAAGCCCGUAAAGUCGAAUCCCAUCUAAUUACCUACAAUCCAACACCACCAAUUUUCUUAUUGAACAGGGCGAUUGAGGUGUAUGGGAAAUGCGAGUGUUUGAGAGAUGCAAGGGAACUAUUCGACGAAAUGCCUCAGAGAGAUGGUGGGUCCUGGAAUGCUUUAAUUUCAGCAUAUAAGCUUAAUGGGUUAGCGCAGGAGGCAUUAGGUUUGUUCUUGGAUAUGAAGGAUGAUGGGUUUCCAUGGAAUGAGGUUAGUUUUGCUAACGCUUUGGGAUGUUGCGGUUCACUUUUGGAAAUUUCUUUUGCUAAGGGAAUACAUGGACUAGUCGUAAAGUAUGGGUUUUGUGCGAAUGUGAUUAUCGCGAGUUCCAUUAUCGAUGUUUAUGGGAAAUGCAGGUUUUUGAGCGAUGCGAAGAGAAUGUUUGAUGAGCUUCGUAACCCAAAUGAGGUUUCUUGGAAUGUGAUUAUCAGGAGGUAUUACGACAUGGGCAAAGAGAGGGAGGCAAUAGUUAUGUUUUUUGAAAUGGUCAGAAGGAAUGAUGUUAUGCCAUUGGCUUAUACAGUCUCGAAUGCCCUUCUAGCUUGCUCAAAGAUUUCUGCUUUCAAUGAAGCUCUCCAAAUCCAUUCUUUUUCCAUCAAAACAAACCUGGUAAACACGUUGGUAGUUUCAGGAUCUCUCAUUGACAUUUAUGCAAAACAUAGAGAUCUCGAUAGUGCUCACAAGAUCUUUAACCAGCCAAAUGCAAAAAACUUGAUCACCUGGACUUCAAUGGUGACAGCAUAUGCCACAAAUGGUCAAACCAAACACGCACGGAAACUGUUCGAUGAAAUGCCUGAAAGAAACAUCGUAUCAUGGAACGCUAUGCUAAAUGGCUACACCCGCCAUUACAAAUGGGAAUCCGCCUUAGAAAUCAUAUAUCUAACAACCAAAUCAAACAUCAUUAUCGAUCAUGUCACAAUCAUGUUAAUCUUAACCACAUGUUCCGGCCUUUUAUCCCUUGAGUUAGGGAAACAAGUUCACGGAUAUGUCUAUAGGCAUCAUUUCAACUCUAAUCUCUUCAUCAGCAACGCCCUUCUUAACAUGUAUGGAAAAUGUGGAGACUUGAGAAGUUGUAGAUCGUGGUUUUAUCAAAUGAGCCACUUUCGGGAUAACAUUUCUUGGAAUUCAAUCUUGACAAGUCAUGCACGACAUCAAAGAAGUGAAGAAGUGAUGAAAGUCAUUUGGAAGAUGCUAGAAGAAACCCCACCAAAUGAGCACACUCUUGCAACCAUUUUAGCUGCGUGUGCGAAUCUUUUCGCCCUUCAUCAAACCAAAGAAAUCCACGGGUUUUUAGUUAGAAAUGGUUACAUUAUGGACAUUGUUACAAAAGGAGCCUUGAUUGAUGCAUACUCAAAAUGUCGUUGUUUAAGUUACGCACUUGUGGUCUUUAAAGAAACAUGUUCACGGGAUUUGUUUCUUUAUAACUCUAUGAUAUUGGGAUGUUGUCACAAUUCAAGGGGUGAUUUAGCUCUUGAUCUUUUUGAGAUGAUGAAAGAUGAAGGGUUAAAACCGGAUAAUACCACAUUUCAAGGGGUUUUGCUUGGUUGUGUAUGUGAGGGUAGGGUUGAUUUGGGUAGGGAGUGUUUUGAUGGAAUGAGUAGUGAGUAUUGUGUUAUACCACGGUUGGAGCAUUAUGAAUUGGUGAUUGAAUUGUAUGGGAGGUAUGGAUACAUUGGUGAACUUGAGAAGUUUGUUAAAGAAAUGCCAUUUGAUCCGACUGUGUCUAUGUUGAUUAGGGUUUUUGAUGCGUGUUAUGAGUAUGGAUAUGAGAGGCUUGGGAAAUGGGCUGCGGAUCGGCUUAAUGAAAUGAACCCAUUGGUCCCAUACCGAUUUGAGCUCACGAAUUAUGAUAGGAUAGCCACGUGA